AUGUCCAGGGCGCAAGAAAUUCAAAGCAAAGGCAGAGGCCCAACACCCCCAUUGUUUAAAUCUAUACAGCAGAAAAUGGAAAGUAAACCAACUGGUUCUUCUACUCCACAGCAGGAAACUUCACCUGAGGCUUCAUCAAAGACUAAUAUCAACAUUAAACCAAAACCUAUGCCUAAACCUGUACCACAAAGUAACGGAAUUGAAACAGAGGGGCACUUUGCUGAUGAUCUACUUGGGGAUGAUGAGGAUGUAAAAGUUGAUAUCAAACCAGUGACAUUAAAUCAAAAUGUUCUUUGUUUCAACUUCUGGGAUGGGAAUAGCUAUCCCAUACAUAAAAUUAAGUUUAUUAUUGGGCUUCAAGUUCCUGCAAGAGGAGAAGUGACCCUGAACUUCUCAGGCAUUGCCCAAUUAACAGAUAUAACCUUUGCAAUUAUGAGAAAUGCAGAAGAGGCGAGACUGAAGGCAGUCAAACAGAUUAUUUUGGAUGGCUGUUAUAAUAUAACAGAUGCUGGAAUAGCCUGGAUGGCAGAAACUUUCCCUGAUUUGACUUGGCUCAGCAUUUCAGGCUGCAAGAAAGUCACUAAUGCUGGCCUGUUGGCCCUUAGUGAAAAGUGCAGCAAAUUAACUUCAAUAAACCUAACAGGCACUGGAGUGACUCUCCUACCUAAGCGUUGGAUUAGUGCAGAGAGCAUUAAAAUGGUUGGCUGUUCUAUCCUUUUCCCUACAGCUCCAACAGAUCUAACAGAAAAAGAAAUAUUAAAACCAGAAACAAGUCAUUUGUUUAAAGCUUGCUUUGUUAAACAAAACAUGGCAGACAUAAAUUUUUCUGCUAUAUUACUGGGAGAAUCUCAGUCGUCUGUGAUGGCAAGGAUUUUACCUGAUAUUAAAGAUGGUGAAUCCAGUGCUACUGUCUUAGAGGUAGAUCAGACCUUGUCAAGUUUUAUGAUCACAGAUGGUUGUGUUGUCAUUCUGCCAUUUGUGCUAAAGGAAAAAACAAAAGUCACUGAGGAAGUUUCUGCCAUCUCUGCAACAAUACUACAAAUUUUAGGACAGCGUUCCAAUAUAAAUUUUUUACUGGUUGGUUGUAAUACCAAUACUGUCAGUACUGUUUCAACUGAACUUAUGAAAGAAAAGGUAAAAAAAUACCUCAAGGAAAUAGCUGAUCAUACUAAAGAUGCAAAUUAUUCUUUUGAGUAUUUGGAGCCGAUACCACUAGCAAAACAAUUUGAGUAUUCUUCUGCCAGGAGGCUCCAAGAUAAUAUAAACAAAACAGUCAUCAGCUGCCUUGAAAUAAAUGUGGAUCAGAAGGGAAAACAGGGGGAGAUAAUCAAGGCAAUAUUUAACCUAGCAGAGGAACUGCCAGAAAACAAGGAGAUAAAUUACAGCUUAGAAAUUUACAAAUGGGCUCAAGACUUUCACUUAAACUUCCCCAAGGAAUUAAAAACAGGAGUUCAUUCCCUUUAUCGGGCUGCAAAUGUUAUAAAAUCAACCACAAAUUUUGUAAAAAGACUUCGUUCAUUUGGUGCUGUGCAGUUCUUAACAAGCAUUGGAAAACUCAGCUCAUGGACUAAAACAAAUGGAGAAACAAUGAUUGCUAACAGUGCUUGGUUGUGUGAAAUUUUAGACCUACUGCUAUCUCCAUGCCCUGCUGGCAAAACAAACAAUGGAUUAGAUCAUACCAUAGCUGAUAACACACCCAUUUGGCCAGUUGACAUGUUGCAGGAAGAAGCCAAAAAAAGAAACAUUCAAUGGAGUGAGGUUGAGGAAGUGAUGAGAGAAUUCCCAUACCCUUGGUUGACUACCACCAAAAGUAUUACCUCCCUUGCAAAUCUACCAGAAACAUCUGUGAUGCCAAUUAAAAUGUUCACAGAAUUUGAUAAAAAAGCAACUGGAGAGUUCCACCUAGUGUACAGUUUUGUCCUGAAUCAAAUUGUCACACCUAGCAUAAUCCAGACUAUUCUCAUGCACCUUAGAACACUGCAUCCAUUAAUACAUAUAUGGAGGACAGGGGCUGUACUCUAUGACAGUAUUGUGGCAGUUAUGGUUGGGCAAACAGAUUACAGCAAAGUAUUAAAUGUUUGUGGUUUUAUGACGGCAUCUGGAGAAAUAAAAAAAUCAGCAAGGUUGAUUUACAGCACCAUGGAAAAGUAUAAAACUGUGGUGGAAUAUGUUUUCAAAACAUUUGGCUACACAUGGGAGCUCCUGCGCUCUGUGUCAGAGAGCAUCUCCGCACCUCCAGAGAAUGUUGUUGGAAUAGUACACAACCACAUCCUAAAGCUGGGGGAACAUGGACCCUGUGGCUACUGUGGCAUCAGCCCUAAGCAAUCAUCACUUCUUGCUAUGAUGGACAUGACCAUCAGGCCAAGAUUCUUCAACAACAAUCUUGUGAAAAGCUUGAACUCUAAAGGCACAGUCAAUGCAUCCUUGCUCGAACUCUCAAAGCCCUGUGAUGUCAGAAUUGCUGCUUUACUUGAUCCAUUUGGUUGUCAACACUGCUCUGUGCUUUCGCCAAACGACAGCAUCUGUAUAGAUUUACACUCUGGCUUGAUUGUAAGCUCAGUGGCUGAGAGUCAGACUAUGUUUGACAUCACAGAAAAACUGGGCACCCUGACAGAAGGAGAAACAAUCACAGCCAGGAUAAAAAGUCAUGUACCUUUUGAAAUAGACAUUUACAUGGGGCCUGUAUUACUUCACACUAUACAGCUACCUUUUAACAGGUAUGAACUGAAGAUUUCAUCCAUGGGGCACGAGGACACUUUUGUUUCAGCAACAGUUGUGGUCACUGACAGUGACUUUAAGUCAGCUGAUACCACUGUUGAGAUAGGGAUGAGACUAGAAGCAGUGGGUAGACGAAAACCUCAUCACAUUUGUGUGGCCACUAUCACUGAUAUAGAUAGAAAGCAGGACCAAGUUUUAAUCCAUUAUGAUGGCUAUUUACACCAAGACGACUGCUGGUUUGAAGAUGACGCUGACAACUCCGACUUCUGGUCAGAACUUGAUAACGAGGAUUUGCACCCAAUAGGUUUCAUGGCAGCAAGAGGAUAUGAGCUCGCACAAACAAAACACCUCAAUCCAGAGCUCCAGCCCCCAAGGUAUUACACAAAGCCAUUUGAUUGGCUGACUUACUUAAAAGAAGAACAUGCACAACCAGUUCCAUUUGAAUGCUUUAAUGAGAAACAAAGUGAUGGGAUGAAACCAGAUUUGAUACUACAGGCUCAAUUUGAGCAUGCCUUGAGUAGUUACUCUCAAAAUCCUAACACUGUUUCUGAGACUUGUUAUAAAAACCCCACCACAGCCCAAGUUUUGGAAUACCAAACAAAAACUUACCUCCACAAAACUGAAGACAAAAUGCAGUCCAAUGACCUUGAACAGUUAAUGGAGAAACAAAAAGAAGCUUUUAUUUUUUUACCAGCCAACUUGACUCUAGAUAACUUGAGAUACCCUAUGCUCUCAGAUGUUUACAGUGAUAAGCAACAAAGGAUUCAUUUCUUAUGUCCAGGCCAUGAUUUCCACAUGGUGAACCACCCAGGACUUCUGCUCAAGGGAGAUCAGCUUGUAGAUCUGAAGUCUUGGGCUGGGGUUUUACAAAUGCCGUAUGCAGUUUUGUUAAAUUUGAAGAGUUAUCUGCCACGAAACAUAUCUGCUAUCUGUGCAGGAGCAGAUAAACUAUCCACUGACAAGCUACCUCUGAUAGAGCUGGCAAUGAAACGUCUACAGAGGCUCUAUCUCAUGCAUUGUAUCUUCUACAGAAACACAAAGGAAAUGAGCCAAAUACAAAGAGAGACAACUCAAGCAAUAUUAGAAAAUGCUAUUAGAUCAGAUGCCAGUGGAUUUGCUCAGAUAUUUCACCAACCACAAGCACAUUCUGGCCUGUUGUGUAUCGCCCACAAAAUGGCUAACUCUCCUUCUGCAGGGAUACAAGAGUUUUCAAUUUCUAAAUUUCAGAACUUGGCCUCUAAUAUUUUUGUGAUGCAUCUAGAAAACAAUCCUUUAUAUUCUUUGCCUGAAGAUUUUUUCUCAAAUUUUUUCAAUCUGACUCACCUUUGGCUGGAUGGUUGUACCGUUGGAGAAUUACCACCCUUGAAAGAAAACACUUGCCUUGAGGAAAUACAUGUGAAAGGAAACAUGCUACAAACCCUACCAGAUGAUAUUGGCCAGUUAACUUUACUUAAGAUUUUAGAUAUAUCCUCCAACCCCAUGGAAGUAUUACCACAGGUGAUAUCAUCGCUGACCUCACUUGUUGAGCUGUAUGCUGACAACAUUGGCACUGUUGACAUGACACUAAUCUGUCCUCUGACAAACCUCACCAAGCUGUCCCUGGCCCACAACUACAUUGAUUCCAUCCCAGACAAGUUCUCAUCUUUGGCGCUGACCUACUUGGACAUGUCCGGCUUGCCUUUGAUGCCCACUGGAACAUCUUUUUCAAGCCCUGCCCUCAAUACUUUCUUGGACAAGUAUAUAGUCUAUCGCAGGAUAAAUGCAAAGGAAAGACAGGAAAUGGUUGAAAAGGUUGAAAACAAUGGUGAAAAAAUGAACAACGCAGUCAAGCUUUCUGAAGUUAACAAACUUCUUUACAGCAAAUUCCCACGUUUGGGAAAAUUGGGCAAUCAGGAUGAUGAAGAAAAUGCCUUCCCUGAGACCAUCAUGAAAAUGACAACAUUGAACACAUUGAUACUGCCAUACCAUGCCUUCACUACAGUACCUGAUAGUGUUAAAGACUUGACCUCCCUGGAAGUUCUAAUUGUCGAGUACAACCCUUCACUGCUGACUGUCAGUGCUGAACUGGCUAAACUACCACUCAAAAAGCUCCAUCUGAGAGAAUGUGUUAAUCUAAAGACACCUCCACAAGAAGUUGUACGCCGUGGGUUUUUAGCCAUUAUGGGAUAUUUGAAACGAUUAUUACAAGGUUCUGUGUCGUGUAAGAGAACAAAGCUGAUGAUGGUUGGCCUAGGUGGGGCUGGGAAAACUAGUCUGGUUCGGGCUUUGACCGAUAAGCAGCACAAUUUUUACGAGAACUACGCUGAGAGAAUCACUGAUGGCAUUGACAUCACAGAGUGGCAGGUCAACGUCAAACACCUGAUAUCAGAAACUGAGGCCAUUGACAGGGACGAGCCUCUGCAUUUCAGUGUUUGGGACUUUGCUGGCCAGACAGUGUACUACAACACUCAUCAGUUUUUCCUGUCCAACCGUGCUGUCUAUUUGCUGUUGUGGAAUAUCAGGCUUGGAUACGAGCAUGCUGGACUUGACUUUUGGCUGAGUUCUAUUGCUUGCCACGCCCCCAAAGCUCCCAUUUUGAUUGUUGGUACACACAGUGACAAGGUUCAGAAAGGCAAGCUACCAAAGGAAGAAUUAAAAAGAAGAUUCCCUCAGAUAGUUGGAUUUUAUUUUGUCAGUUCCUUCUCUGGAGAGGGUAUUCAAGAAUUGAAAACAAGUCUGAUAAUGUCAGCACUCUCUCAGAAGUACAUGGGGGAGAAGAUCCCAGAAGCCUGGUUAAGCUUGGAGAUACAGCUAGACAAACUAAGAAAAGAAGGGAAAUCACUCUUACAGUUUCAUGAAGUUGAAGAAGCAGCAGAUACUGCUGGAAUUAUGGAUAAGCCAGAGCUGAUCCAGGCAGUGCAGUUCCUGCAUGAUUUGGGUUCAGUUCAAUUUUUCAACACCAAUUUUCUGCGCUCACACAUUGUGAUAGUACCUCAGUGGAUAGUUGAUGUCAUGGCUUGCAUUGUUACAGUUCACGAAGGACCCAUUCAGGAUGGUAAACUCUACUAUAAUGACAUGCCCCGCAUUUGGGCCUCCUACCCAGAAGAGCUCCACCCAUGGUUGUUGCGCCUGACUGAAGAGUUUGACUUGACUUUUCCACUGGCCAAUGAGGAGGCUAAUAUUGUGCCCUGCCUGUUGCCCAACACUGAGCCAACAUAUGACUUUCCUGCUGUGAAUCAAGACAUUUGUGAAAGAGAAUCAAAAAUCAAAUAUAAAUUUCAAUAUCUACCUGCAGGCUUGUUUAACAGAGUGCAGGUACGUCUGCACGAGUUCAGUGAUAGCUCAGUCAUGUGGAAGAAAGGAUUUCUGCUGAACAAAAACAACCACAGAGCCCUAUUGCUGCAGAUCAGUAACACAGAGGUUGUGGUUACAGCCCGUGGUUACAAGCCAGAGAACACUAUAUUUUUGGUGCAUGAAGUCUUUGAGUGUCUGAUUGCUGACUCCUACAGUGGUGUGUCCUAUGACUAUUCUAUACCUUGUGCUGAAUGUGUUUUUGAGUUAACUCUUGAUCCAUGUAUGUUUGCUGCCUCCAAAAUCAAAAGAGCUUUUGAGUUAAAGGCCCCAUUUCUGCAGUGUGUUAAAAAUUUUCACAUUAUCUCAAUUAAUGAGAUACAAGCAUUCCUGCCACCAGAUGCUUCAUCUAACUUUGACGAGCACCUGAGUAGAAGUGUCAGAGAGCUGCAGGACUUGGAAGAAAAUGUAGCUGUAAGAGUGUUCUUUGUUUUCACAAGUCGUAACAUCCCUGCCGCUGGCUCAGUGCAGAAUGUUGUUGAUCCAAACACCAUUUUAGAUGACUUGAGGUCUGAAGGAUUCAAUGUGUCCUAUUGUGAUGACCCAGAGUCUGCCAACAUUGAGGAUCUAACAUUGGCAAUUAAAUCUGCUCAGAUUGUCAUUGUUGGUAUUUCAGAUGAAUUUGUUGCAAUACCAAAAUGUCGGGACCUUAUUAUUUACAUGAAGCAAACAUUACACACAAAUUUGAUUCUCGUAGCCAUUGGAGCAAAACUUACUUGGCAGGAUACGGAUAUUAAUUUAGUUUUAGCUGACGAGAUUUUUGUAAAGAUGACCCAGAAAGACAGAUACAACAGUAAAAUUCAGGAGCUGUUUGAUGCCAUCAUGUCCAGAAAGCAAAAGAAAAAAGACAGUUACCCUGACUGCUUUAUAAGUUACUGCUGGGCCAACUCAAAGAUGGCUGUAGAUCUGGGAUCUGCAACUAAAGAAGGUGCUCUGGGCUGGGGAGAUCCAAGAAAAAUUAAAGAGUUCCUGGAGUCAAAGGGAAUUAAAUGUUGGCUGGAUAUAGAGCAAAUGGGGCAGGAAGGAUUUUUUGAAGACAUAGCAGAUGGACUAAGGAAGGCCAAAGUUAUGGUCGCUUUUGUUUCAGAUGAGUAUGCAAACUCAAAAAAUUGUAAAAUGGAAUUUCGAUUUGCAUUGACAACUCUUAAAAUACCCACAAUUCUGGCUGUUGUUGGCACUGGAUUUUCAUGGGUGAGAAGCGAGAUUGGUCUACUCACAGUUGGCCACAGCCAGAACUGUCCCAAGAUUAACCUCCAGUACGAAAAUGAAGCUGCUCUUUUGGAACUGUUAGUGGAGGUUGAGAAAUUCCUGCCUAAGGAAUCACAGGCUGCAUCGACUUCUGAAACUGUUCAGCAUUCUGUGGCUUUUCAGGAAGCUUUGGAACUUUCACAGCGAAAACUGCUGCGGCAUAUUGCGUUGUAUGCCAGCACGAUGGACAUGGAGGUCUAUCCUAGGCUGAUACUUAUUGACCUUAAGGUCAAGGAUGAUGUUAAAAAAAUUGGAAAGGGGCAUCACUCUGAACUGAGACACCCAGAUAAGACAGGGGAGAAAAGUGAUAAGUUAUGUUUGAAGGUUUUGUGUGAGCAUGAGAUGGGCUGGCACGAGAUGCAGGAGGAGAUAAACUUCCCACCACUAGAGGGAGCUGAGCUGGAUGACUAUUUAAAAAGAAUAGCACCCUAUGUGGCCCGUGUGCUGGCUCUUCUCAAGCACUCCAAGAUUAAUAUGCCGAUACUGACAACACCAGAAGGAGAAAGGUUAAGUCGUAAACUUCAAGAUUUGUGUUCAAAAACCAGUUCAGACUUCCAAAACGAGUAUGCUGUUGUACUGCAGACAGUGCUGGAGGAAGAUUCUGAGAGAACUUGUGGUGGCUUGAAGAGAUGUCAGAUGCCCAAUGGAAAAAUUCUUUGGUUGUGUGACAAACAUGAGAAAUCCUCUUUCACACAGACAGAGAAAAAAUAUAAAACACAGCGGGAGCAAGCUAUGAAUUGCAAGGAAGACAUAGCAGACUCUGGAAAUACUCGUCCACCCACUGCAAUUGAUUCAAGUUUGUCUGAAGAUUCACAAGUGCAUGAAAAACCUAAAGAUGUGUCAGAUGUACCAGCCACAAGCCCACAAAUUCCUGUGAAGCUAGAACAACAAGCUGGUGCUCAAAUGCUGCCUCGAAGACCCAAGUUAAACAGGAGAGGAACCAGCAGUAAAAAAACAACAAGCCAGGCAUGCCUACUCAUGUAA